UACUUUGUUUACAAAACACAUGUGCUCAUGUCAAUGAAUUUGCUAUAUUUCAUUUCAACUGUCAUUUUGCGCAAAUAACUAAUAUCAGAUCACUCAAAAUGACCUCGCUAGCUAAACAGCUGCAAAGGCUUGCAGUUCCUCAUACCCAGACAAUCCUUGGGGAAGAUAAGAAGAAAGCCUCGCUGUUAUUUGACCCUAAGGAAGCAGCUUCUAUUGACAGAGAGACCUUCCAUGCACUAGGUUUAAAUGGUUUAGAAGAAUUAGAAACAAUAGAUGCAUCUUUUGCUGAGUUUGAGACAAGUUUAUAUGGAGAUUCGUCCAUCACGUUUGAACGUUCUGUAAAGACAAAAGAGGUGAAUGAGAAAUUGGACCUGGCAAUUCAGCGUUUUCUGAUCAAAGUGUCUCCAUUCUGUUUGCUGAAGCCGGCACAUAAAGCACUUGAAUGGCUUAUUCACAGGUUCCACAUCCAUUUUUACAACACAGAUGAUCUUCUCAUUUGCUUUUUACCCUACCACGAGAGUAAGAUAUUUGUUCGAGUGCUGCAACUUAUCAAGUUUGAUUCGAAAAUUGCAUCAAAAUGGGACUGGCUUGAGCCACUGCAGAAAUCUGGCGUGCACUUAACACGGAAGACCCUCGUGAACCAUUGCCGCACUGACUCUGCCUUCCUGUCCUUUGUCUGUGAUGCUGUGCCGAGAUAUGUCAAGGUAUUAUCAGAGUUGGACCAGGUCCCCAAGUGCCGAGUUCUGUUCUCGUUCUACACCACCACCGUGAUAGGGGUCCUGGAAUCAGGGGCUGUCACUGAGGUGCUACUGGCCAUGCUGGUACCACACCUGAGUCGGGGCAUGCAGUCUCGUAUACAAGAGUUCAAGGCCGCGUCGUACAUGAUUCUGGCUCAGCUACUGUUCAAGGCCAAAUUGAAGUCAUCCCUGCUGAAAACUCUGCAGCAGGUUAUUGCUAAGAAUAUUGUGCCUGACCUGCUCACAGAAGCUGUUGCCUGUCUGAUGUUGAUGUUCCAGACCCAGGACAUGUCCUCUGUGAACAUCACCAAAAAGUCUUUCAAGUGCCUGUGCAAGCACUUUGGAGUGAUCGAUGCAAUCAGCCAGCUGUAUGCCCAGAUCGACGCAAACGACUUCCUCUCCCGUCUGCUGGACCGUCUCAUUCCUGCCGCCUUCAAACACGCGGUCGGCAUAGCAACCAGUGGCGAGAGCAGCCAAUCAGAGUCCACAGGAGGCUUGCAUGACCAUAUGCCCAUGUUGCACAGGCUCUUGUCGACUGUCAAGCUUCCUGAUAACAUAGCUGAAGAAGCAGCAUAUCGGUUCCUAUCGGUGUAUAUUCAUCAUGGCAACAAGUAUCUGGAGGAGGACGUUGAUGACAGGAUCAAAGACAGCCUGCAAGGCAUUGUCCGACAGCUAGAAGGAAAGCAUUCCGCUGCGGUUGACCGGGCUGUGUCGCGGCGACUUUCUGAGUCGGAGACGCAGCAUGACCGGGAACUGGUCCAGGAGUUCCUGAACCUGUACGUGCUCUCUGUGCCCCACCAGCUGGUGACAGACUCCGAGACGAGCCUCGUGUUGUCUCUCAACCACCGACUUGCCUCUGUGAGGGAGAAGGCCGUAACCACUUUGAUAGCAAGCAGGGCAGAGUUGGAUGACGUGGGUUUCCUGAAGGAUUGCCUGCUGCUGAGACUGGGAGAUGAGGAUCCGGAGGUGGUGUCUGCGGUGCUGGCAGUGGGACAGGAGCUAUGGGAGAUAAUCAUUGAUGGGAAGACAACCCUGGGUCUGCUUCAGAGCAUUGUCAUGAAAGGAGUUGUAACCAAAAAAUGGGAGGUGUGUGCCAAACAAGCAAUCAGAUUGCUGAGUCACUAUCAUGGUGAUAUUGACCUUGAAAUCUUUGCUGGUUGCCUCCCCUGCAUGUUUAUAUGUGAAAAGACUGGCAUCUCCUUGGAGGUCAUACAGACAGUGAUGACGUCGCCAUUGGUCACAAACAGUCCAGUGCUGAAGGACUUUGGUAAAGAGUGGGCCCUGAAAUCAAAGAAGAUUUCCGGGGCCAAUUUCAGUGCAGUCAACCUGCUAGUCAGCCAGUGCUUGGCGGCAGGCCUGUUAAAGCAGAUGGAGACAGGAGCGCUUUCAAUGUUGAAUCAAUGGGCCGAUACAGCCAUAGAGACGAAAGAUAAUCGACUGGCGUGUCUGCUGAUGCUCAUACUCAACGAGCUAGUAACCAUGACAACUGACCAAAAGUUAAGAUUGGACAUCUGUUAUUUACAGACGCAACUUAUUGACAGACUACACAAGAAUGAGCAAUUCCGCAAGGCAAAGGAUCAGUUCUCAGUAUUGGAAGGUGACUGGGCACAAGUUGCGAAAGUCACUUCAUUGGCAGACGGGAUUCCGCAGGAUUUUGGCAUGAAGGCUCUACAAGGUGUCGUGGAUGUUGUGCGUGUCCCAGAGGAACUUACAAGUGAGAAUGCUAGUUGGCAGAUUAACCCAGUCUCAAAGGCAACUACUGUGUUUCUGCAACUGUGUGUUCGACUGUUUGCCCUUAUUCUUGAGAAGACAGCCACAAAGCACAGAUACUCAAACAUCUAUCGAUUCCAGAUUCACACAUUGAAUGAGAAAUGUUUUGCUGAUGUAACACACAAGUUCCGAUUCCUUGGCCUAUUGUGGACUCAGCAUGCUAACGACCUUGCCAGUGACCUUGGUUUGACCUUGACCAUACAAGCAAGGUCACUGCACCUAGGGCAGGCAAUUGUUCAGGGAACGUACAAGUCUAAAAUCAAGGUUCUCUGCCAGUCACCACAAGUCAUUCUUGAUUUGCUGAUUGUUUUGACCAGCCCUCAUGCAGCCAUAAGAAAGGAAGGAGUAUUGAUUGUCAAGACUUUGUUUGAUCAAGCCCAAGGAAUGGACUCAGUGUUCAUGCCACUACUUGCAAAAGUUAUCGAUUGCCAGGGCGAAAUCUUGGCUGAUAAGGAAUACGUUCAACAGGUUGUGUAUUCUGUCUUCAAUAAAGCACAGCAGGCCUCCCCAUCCAAGUCCAGAAAGAAAAAGCGGGAAUCCACUGUCGGAGACCAUGGAUCAGAGAGUACGGAAAAUGCUCGCGCCCUGAGUGACAUCCUGGUGCUUAUCACAAGGGAGACCACUCCAGCCUACUUGCAGUGUAAAGCUCUGGAAGUGUUCUCCAGGUUGAACAAUCAGGACCUCCUCCUCAGCCUACUGCCGCUCAUGGACCGGCUACUCAGCCGUGAUCAUGUCACUGCCACAGAGACCCUGUGUCUCAAGUUCCUGAUUGGCAGGUUUGAGCCUCAGAGCGCAGGGUGCCUCGAUGUGAGCACGGACGCACUCAGACUCUUCCUGCAGGCCUUGCAAAGGCCAGGUGUUGACACGGACACAUCUGCAGCCAUUCAGCUGGCAGCCAUUGGACAGGUGACUAGGGAUCUGUACAAGGGGCUGUCAGACCCUGUGAAGCAGCAACUGCUGUGCAUGCUGUUUGACGUCUCUGUAGACUCCACCCAUAUUGAGGUCACCUCACAGUUACGACGUGUGCUUAAGCAUCUCUUCUUGGAUGGUAAGCAUGUUGAACUUGAGAUGCGGAAGACUUUGAAGCUAUCAACAGCCAGGACCGUCAGAGAAGCCAAACGCCAACGAAAGCCAGACCCGCCUGCAGAUCUGGUUGGCAUGACAGAGUUUGACUCCCGGGACUGGCAGCGUCUCACAGUUGUGUUGGAGGCGGUGCACACCAAGAAGAAGAUCCUCAACGUCACAGUGCUGGUCCCUACAUGCUUCCAGAUCAUGGCCAGCAUACUAGAAUCUGACAACCACAGUUCUGCGGAGUACCUGAAGCAGCUGAUUCUGAUGCUGUUGUACAACGUGUGUGGUCGCAUGGACAAGAGUGGUGCUGAAGACACAGAGGUAGUCCCAGAGCAGCAGUUCAACAUGGAUGUGAUAGUGAGCUGUAUCCGCUCCUCAGACAACCCCCAGACCCACCACCAUGCUUUCAUACUGCUCACUGCAGCAGCUAAAAUAUACCCAGAGCACCUACUACACAACAUGAUGUCUGUGUUCACGUUCAUGGGGGCCAACAUCAUGCGCCAGGACGACGCAUACAGCUUCCUGAUCAUCGGCAAGAUCCUGGAGACCGUCAUACCUGCCCUUAUCACUGCCUGUGAGCAGCGGAAGCGUGUUCCAAAGGGCAUCACCAAUGACCUUGACGAUAUUAUCACCAUGGUGAUACAGGUGUUUGUGGACUCGUACCCGUACAUUCCGGAGCACCGGCGCCACCUGCUGUUCAACAAGCUGGUCGCUGUGAUCGGGGAGCGGCGCUACCUGUGGCGUCUGCUGCUGCUGAUGAUGAAACUGGUCGUAACCAGCGGCAACCUCAAGUCUGAACUGGACACCAGUCAAGAGUCCGGCGACACAGAAUUCUGUCUUCUGCUCUGCGCGGAUUUCAAUAUGGAAGUGAAGUUGUCGUCCUCUUGUGAGAUUCUUGAUUAUGUACUCAAGCUUCCAGAUGACAAGGAAGAUGAUGCAGUUCAACUCGCUAAAAAGAACCCUGAAUCCUUCGGAAAGCUUCACAAAGAGGAUGUGGCCAUAUUCAGCGUGGACGCACAUAGUGGCAAACAGCUGCGCCACUUUAAGUUCGCUGCUGUGAACUUGGUUGUGAACUUGUACACAAACACAGAUUUCAUAGCCCAGGUCUCCGGGUGCGAGAAUGCAGAACUUCUCCCAGUUUUCCAGAAACUUCUGGAGAUGACACUUAAGUUUGUGUCGCACUUCACGAGACUAGCCAACAAGUUCAGCAUGAAACCAACUGCCAAAUUCUGGAAGGCACUGCAGAAUAAAUGCCAUGAUAUGCUUGACAAGUUGGUGUCCUUGCUGCCGGAAGCCAUGUUCUUGGAUGUGAUUGGUGGACUGCUGUCACAUGACCUUCCCACAAUCCAACGUAAAGCUAUGGAUCUUCUGAAUAGCAAACUCCAACAUCAGAAGAGUUUCCAACCAGGGGAGGUGGAAGGACUGCUGAGGUUUGUGGACUUACUGAGAGGUCUGGUGGUGACGCUGGCCCUGGAUAGGGACAUCACAGAGGAGAGCUCCCUGAACUGUCAGACGGCCUUCAUAUCCCUGAAACUGCUCUGCAGGAAUAUAGGCUUGCAGUACAAGCAGCCCUUCCUGGAGGUACUGAAGACGUCGGUCGCGGUGUUCAAGCAUGAGACCUCCGGUCAGCAGGUUGCGGCCUGCGCAUUACUGUGUGUGGCAGAGCUCUGUCAGACCCUCAAGGUGCAUGUGAUACAGCUCCUGCCCACCUUCAUGCCUGCCAUCCUGGCCAGCAUGGCCGACACCAAGGUCCUACUGCAGAAUGAGCUGUACGUGAUGAGUGUGGUAACCACGGUGAACAAGGUGGUUGAGAACCUGGCCCACUUCCUCAGUCCCUACCUCAAGGAUAUCCUGUGCAGCGUGUGCAUCUUGUCCAGCAAGGCAGACAAGUUUGACAUCCUGCAGAAGCCUGCAGUACAGCAGAGGCUCAAAACCAUCCGGGCAACCUUGUCUACCAGUCUUCCCACCAGAGUGCUGUUACCCGUGGUUACAGAAUGCUACUCAAGCCUGGUUAAUACUAGCAAGAUGGGUGUGGUGUCACUGAUGUCCCUGUUUGGGGACCACAUCUCACACAUCACGAGGGAGGACCUAGCCAGCCACAUGACAUCACUGCAGACUUUCUUCCUGCGCUGCCUCGACAUCAGAACUGACUUCCCAGAGCUCUCGAAUAAAAAGGUGCUGGAGCUAGAAGGGGUUACCAUGGAUACCAUCAUUGCCAUGGUGCUCAAGCUAUCAGAGGCCACGUUCAAGCCUUUCCUCUUCAAGGUGUUUGACUGGGCAACAACCAUCGAUGACUGCCGGGAGAGGGUCCUCGUGUUCUAUCGUCUCACAGACAGACUGUCAGAGAAGCUGCGUAGCCUGUUCACGCUGUUUGCCGGACACGUCGUAGACCAUGCUGCAAAAAUACUCGAUGAGAAUAACUCCAUAAAGACGGGCAAGAAGUUCUUCCCAUCAGACAAGGCAAAGCGUCGUAAGUCGUGUCUGCUGCUGCAGUAUGUACUUGGCACGGUCACCAAGUGCUGCCUGUACGACACUCAGGGUUUUGUCACCAGGGAGCGCUUUGACCUUCUCAUGCAGCCACUUGUCGAUCAGCUGGAGAACAUGUCUGGUGGUGAGGAAGCCUACAGGUCUCGUACCAAGGACCAUGUGGUGCCCUGCCUGGUACAGCUGUGCACAGCUGCGCAGGAUGACUCCCUGUGGCAGUCCCUCAACUACCAGGUCUGUCUGAAGACCCGAGCCCAGGACCCACAGGUGAAGCUGGCUGCUCUACUCACGCUGGAUGAGCUGCACAGGAAGCUGGGGGAGGACUACAUGCCAUUGCUACCAGAUACAGUCCCCUUCCUGGCAGAGCUUAUGGAAGAUGAAAGUGAAGAAGUAGAAAAGAAAUGCCAUGAAGUGAUAAGAGACAUGGAGAAAACCCUUGGGGAACCCCUCCAGAAGUAUUUUUAGAUCCAAGAAUUUUUAGAGGUUUUGUGUGGGGAAAAUUUAAAGACUUAAGUCUUUGCUCAGCAAUGGAUAUUAUAACGUCUUACAGUUGGUGAAAUAAAAAGUGGCAAUCUGGUU